AUGGGGAGGAAGAGUGAGGAUGGCGCGGGGCCUCGCGCAUUGCCACCCACGCCUCGGAUUGACCCGUCGACUGAGCACUACCCCUUCUGUAUUGUGUGGGCGCCCAUUCCCAUUCUUUCUUGGAUCCUCCCCUUCGUUGGGCAUGUGGGGAUUUGCGACUCUGUCGGGCGCAUUUUUGACUUUGAGGGCCCGUACAAAAUUGGUGUGGACAGCAUGUUGUUUGGCAACCCGGUGAAGUAUUGGGACAUUUCCGAAAUGUACGCCCCGACGUUGCACCGCUCCUCGGGCGCGGCCCCUCGAACGAUAGAGGAAGAGGAAGCACGCCAACGGGAAGCGAGGGAAUACGACGACGCAGUGGAAAACGUCGCGAAUCAUUUUAGAAAAACUCAGGUAUACAACUUUUUCACGAACAACUGCCAUUCUUUUGUGGCCAGCGUGCUUCGGAGCCACCCGCUCUCCGGCGCGGGGUCAUGGGGCAUGGUGCGGGUCGCUUUCGGGCUCGCCACCCGCGGCCGCUACAUUUCGACAGGCAGAUUCCUAAAGGCGCAUCUUCCAUUUUUGGUGCUGGUGGUGGUGGCCGUUCUCCUUUGCAUCCUUGCUCGGUAA